GAGAGAGAGAGAGAGAGAGAUGGGGAAGAAAGGGAAGGAGGCGGCGCGGGAGCGGCGCGAGCAGCGCCGCCGCGAGGUCACCCUGCUCCGCGCCCUCCCCUACGAGCCCCACCAGCGAUGGUGGGACCACCUGGAGCCGCGGGCUGUGGCGGUGGUCACGGGUGCCAACCGCGGGAUGGGGUUCGAAGCCGCCCGCCAGCUCGCGCUCCACGGCCUCCACGUCGUGCUCACCUCCCGCGACGCCGCCAAAGGCCAGGACGCUGCCGGGAGGAUCAUGGCGGAGGCUCCCGGAGAGGCGUCCGUGAGCGUGGAGUGGCGGCAGCUCGACGUGGCGGAGGCCGCGUCAGUGGAGGCCUUCGCGGCCUGGGCGCUGGAGACCCACGGCGGCAUCCAUGUCCUUGUUAACAAUGCAGGUGUAAACUUCAAUAAAGGACCAGAUAAUUCUGUUGAGUUCGCUGAGCAAGUUAUCAAGACAAAUUAUUAUGGCAUGAAACAGAUGACUGAUGCCAUGAUACCGUUAAUGAAACCCUCUCCCUAUGGUGCUCGGAUAGUGAAUGUCAGCUCAAGGCUUGGUAGAGUCAAUGGCAGACGGAAUAGAAUUGGUGAUGCAAUCCUCAGAGAUCAGUUAUUGAAUGAUGAUUAUCUAUCAGAGCAGUUAAUUGAUGAGAUGAUAACGAAGUUUCUUGAGCAAGUAAGGCAAGGUACUUGGUCCUCCAAUCAAUGGCCUCAGAUGUACACAGACUAUUCAGUCUCGAAGCUUGCUGUUAAUGCUUAUACACGACUCAUGUCAAGGAGGCUCUCAGAUCGGCCUGAAGGCCAAAAGAUCUACAUUAACUGUUUCUGCCCAGGGUGGGUAAAAACGGCCAUGACUGGUUUUGAAGGGAAUAUUUCUGCUGAAGAAGGUGCUGAUACAGGAGUAUGGCUUGCCUUGUUACCCUGUGAACAAGGCGACUCAUGAAGACUGGCAUGUUUAAGAGCAAUCAUAUGGCAAGCAGAUAGUCAAGAUCAUUGAUGGGUACCACUGUGUCACAUUGAUGGAAAGCCCAUGACCUCUAUUUCUGUUAAUUAAGGUGAUCUACGAAAUGUUUAUUGCUCAUGAAUGAAGUAUGAUAAAAGCGGAAUGUUCAUCAGGACCACUAGAAUGGCAACAGGGAAGCAUGACCAGCUGGCUGCCUCCUACUUGCGCUACAAGCUUGCAACAAUGACCUGUAUCGAAGUGCACACUGCACCACCAAGGGUUGCGUUGGGUUUUUGGCUACUUCACUAGCGACUAGCGAGUUUCUCUUCUUCAGUGGUACACGUCUGGUUGGUUUUACCAUCACAUUUGCGCUCCGGUCGAGAUGAGCUGUGGGAUUACUGUACCCUCAUGCAGACUGAAUUUGUGUAUUAUCUGGAACUUCGAGAUGGGAAGCAAAUUGGCUGUAAGCUCGCUGAAGAUGUCAGGGUCGAAUCAACAGGCUGUGUCAAUCAAGCUUAUCCCCUACUGCAGAUAAAGAUGCACAGAACCAUGCAUAUGUAUCCAUUGCAGCUUCCAGUCAUCCGAACCUGAAAAAUCCAGAGCAGGGCCAUGCCGGCCGGAAAACAAGGCAACAUGAUGCUGCAUAGCUGGUCUUCAGAGGGUCAUCGUCCUCAUGGUCCUGUGGGCGCCAUCGGUUUGUUGGUGUAGAAAGUAGAAACAGUAGGCAGGCGUCAACGGUGUCCGUUUAAUUCGGCAUCAGCCAGCCGCUGCCUUCACAUGUGGUGCUUGCUAGGGAUUCUGGGGCACCUCUACUUGUUGCCUGCCUGGACCCUGCCAUUUGCAUCCUCCAAAUCUCCAAUGCAGGUGCUGCUGAGCUCCAACUUGUUCACCAUGUAAGCUGGACUCAUUAAUCAGCUGAUGUAACACCGGCAAUCUAGCGAGCGCCUGAUUGAUCAGACAAGCAUACCUUUCCUUUUCCUAUGCAAGGAUGAUCAGUUCUCUGCCUGUUGGAUCUCGGGUGGGUACAUAGGCUUGGGCUCCUGCAUUCGCAGUGUCCUUUUCGUGCAAGUGGUUGUGACAUUAACUGGCCAACAAUCGAUGCGUUUUUCUUUGCUUCUUGAUCUGGAAAGGAUGGAGGUUCCGUUUCCAUCAUCUCUACCAAUCAGUCAGCUACCAGGGUUUUUCAUUCCACUAGCAUGGUGCUGCACCGUUGCCCUACCGUGGUUGUCCUUCAAGACAUGUAUGCUGGUGACCUGUAAAUACUACUAGUAGCGAUUAAUUAAGCAACACUAAGCCAUUGAUUCUUGUGAGCU